ACUUGUACAACAGCAGUCCCUGAUGCCAACGGCUAUGUUCCUCCAGACUCCUGCAAUGCUAAUUACGGGUUUUAUCCACGCUGGGAAGAUAAUGCCGCCUUUGCAAUUGCAUUUGGUUUGACUACGUGUGCGCAUCUUGCACAGGCCAUUGUAUUGAAAAAGCCAUUCUGCUGGAUCAUUAUUAUGGGUGCGUUAUGGGAAUGCUUUUGCUUUAUUCUACGCACAUUGGGUGCGAAAGAUCAGCAAAACUCGACAUAUGUGACUUUAUCAACGCUAUUAUUCCUUCUCGCUCCGUUUCUGUUCCCAGGGAUAAAUGCCUUUGCAUACAUGGUUGUCUCCCGCCUAAUAUACUUCCUCCACCCGAAACAAGCAGCCCUGGGGAUCCCAGCGCGCUGGCUCGCAAAAGGCUUUGUGACGGCCGAUAUUAUUUCCUUCGUCAUUCAAGCUGCUGGCGGCGCCCUCAUGGCAGAUCAAUCCAGCACGGAGAACUCAAACCUAGGAAGAAAGAUCUACAUGGCCGGCGUGGGAGUACAGCUCUUCUUUGUAUUGAUAUUUGCUGUUGUCGUUAUCUCCUUCUACCGCCAGGUGUCGUGUGAUAUCCGCACCGGCAUACUGAAGAAUCGGAAUAGGUGGAUACGUCCUCUCAUCUUAAUCAUAUUCCUUGUACUCAUUCUCAUUGUCGUACGUGAACGGAUUGUAUUUCGAUUCGUGGAGUUUAGCGGCGGCGUGUCCUCAUCGAAUGAAGUACUGCGCCAUGAAGGCUAUCAACUUUACCUUGAUGGGCUGCCAAUGCUUCUUGCUUUGGUGUCUCUAAAUCUAGUUCAUCCUGGUAUAGUUUUAAAGGGGCCUGGGAGCAGUUUACCUUCUUCCAAGAUUCGA